AUGAUUAGAGGAAGCGCAAUUGUCCGCCGCAAAGAGGCUAAAAAGGGGAUCCGUCUCACGAUCAUGAUCGUGGGCGAGUCGGGGACGGGCAAGACCACGUUCGUCAACUCAUUGCUUGACCAGAAAAUCUUGGACCAUAAGUACCAGUCAUCGGACGGGGAUAUGACCGCGUCGGCUUGGGAGAGAACGUUCCUUCCGCAAACGGCACACGAAGAGCCGGGAAUCUCGAUCACAGAGACGAACGUGGAGAUCAUUGACGAAGACGACUCAAAGUUGCUUUUAAACAUUAUCGACACGCCCGGGUUUGGCGAAAACAUCAACAACGAGGUUUGUACGCGCGAAGUCAUCAACUACCUCAAGCAGCAGUUCGAUUUAGUGCUUGCAGAGGAGACAAAGGUGAGACGCAACCCAAAGUUUGUGGAUUCGCGGGUUCACGUGUGCCUCUACUUCAUCACGCCUACGGGCCACGGGUUGCGCGAGAUCGAUGUGGAAUGCAUGAAAAAGUUGCUGAAGUACGUGAACGUGUUGCCAGUGGUUGCGCGCGCGGACUCCUUCACGGAGGUGGAGUUGCGGCGGUUUAAGCGCACAAUCAUGGAGGACAUUGAGAAGUAUAACGUACCGAUUUUCGAGUUCACCUACGAUGAGGAAGAAGACGAUUAUGAUGUCAUCCAAGAGAUUGAGUUUCUCAACAAGAUCCAGCCGUUCGCGGUGAUUGCGUCGGAGGAGGUUUUUACCAGAGAGGAUGGCACCCAGGUGCGCGGCAGACAGUACCCGUGGGGCUUCAUCAACAUCGACGACGCCAAGUACUCCGACUUUCCCAUCCUCAAGUCCGUCUUGCUUGGCUCGCACUUGCAGGACUUGAAGGACCUCACCCACGACUUUCUCUAUGAGAACUACCGCACGGAGCGCCUUUCGAACGUCGGCGGGAUGCAGUUUGAGGAUGAUAACGCAAACAACCUCUUGCCGAGAGACUUUUCGUUUAUGGGUAAUCCGGCCCGGGAGAAGCCGCCGCCGUCGUUGUCUAAUCUCGCCGCGCUUGCCAACUCGGAGCUGACCACAUCGAUGCUUGGUGCGAAUUCCACAAGGGCGCUCUAUGAGCCAUCUACCCCGACCCACAAGUCAUCCAUGUUGUUUGACGACGUCGAAGAGACGUCAGGCUCCCCUGCUACGUUAAAGAACGACACAUCGUCGGUGCAGUCGCGCACGACAGACGACUCGCGCACGCACAGAGCAGACACAUCGCAGUCGUCGGUGCGCAUCCAGGGUGUGUACGAUGACGGGGCCAGCGUGGGUAGCGCCAGUGCGCAGCCGCAGCGCCAGCAGAUGCGCAUGAUGUCGGAAACGAUCCCGUAUGUGUUGAACCACGAGCGCAUUGAGCAGCAGAAGUUGAAGUUACAGCAGUUGGAGGAAAGACAGGUGCGCGAGUUGCAGAUGCGUGCGGAUAUGUUGGAGCGCAAGGCGAAGGAGUUGCGGUUGAGGGAGCGCACGAUGAACGCGCAGAGCGAACAGCACCAACAGGGCGAGCAGAACGAGUCUGCCAUCAAAAAGGAGGAGACCUUGACCGACUUGCAUUCGGUUUUGCAGGAACAGUGA